AUGACGAAAGCUCGAACGGAUAGUCAUUUUCAUGAUGCAGAAGUGUUAGAAGAUCUUUAUGACUCAAAACCAAGAAAAUUGGGAUUUCCUGUCAAGUCACCUUCUGUUCCCAAUUUCCAUGGUGUGCUGAAAUCUAAUAAUUAUAAUAGCAGUGUGCCUUUGUUCAAUGCAUCAGCUGUGGACAGACUGCAGGCAGAUCCAGGAUACUCUCAAGGUGGUAGUAGUGCCAAUUCGCUGAAUGGGGAUGACGAUGCCAAUUUAAGUGUAAUUGAUAUGUAUGGAGGCGAUUUUGACUCACCCAGGAAGGAGCAAACGAUGAAAAAAAUGGACACAUUGGCAAGUGGUAAAGGGACGGAUCACAAUACAGAUCGAAUUUCUAGUAAUACUGUAGCAUCGACCAUCGAGACCCCCAUCAGGAAAAAUGUAGGAAGUUUUGAUAGAUAUGGCUUCAGGAAACAGACUACGUACAUUUCAGAAGGAGAAUAUGAUAUCUGGUGGACUGAGUAUUCUCAAUAUUGUGUAAGAAGAAAGGGAAAAUGGGAGCUACUGUUGGAGAAAAGUGGACUAUCGUAUGCAGGUGACUCUCCUACAAGAUUCCCAGCAAGGAGUGAAAAGUUGAAAAGGUACGUACGAAAAGGUAUACCUGCCGAAUGGAGAGGCAAUGCAUGGUGGUAUUUUGCUAAAGGUGAUGAGAUUUUAAAUAAAAAUAAAGGAUUGUAUGACAAAUUACUUAGCAGAAUAGAUCAAAUCAAGGUACAAAAGAAUAGAGAAAAGCUAUAUCCAGAUUUGGAGAUUAUUGAGAGAGACUUGCACAGGACUUUCCCUGAUAACAUACAUUUUCAGAGAGAAUCCUUCCAAGACGGUGAAUCGACAAUGAUUAAGUCUCUUCGUCGAGUAUUGGUUGCAUUUUCACUGUUCAAUCCGAAAAUUGGUUACUGUCAAUCAAUGAAUUUUCUUUCAGGUCUCUUACUCUUAUUUUUGGACGAAGAAAAAGCCUUUUGGAUGCUGGUAAUCAUCACUUCAAGAUAUUUACCGGGCGUUCAUAACGUCAAUUUAGAAGGCGUAAAUGUCGAUCAAGGUGUACUCAUGUUAUGCGUCAAAGAAUAUUUGCCUGAAAUAUGGUCAUAUAUCAAACCUUUUUACAAGACUCAAAAUAGUAAUCGAGUCACCAUGGUAUCUUUCUCUUCUAAUUCCAGCAUGCAUUCUAAAGGAACUACUAAAAAUGAAUUUCUUUACAAGUUACCUCCAGUUACUCUUUGUACAGCUAGUUGGUUUAUGAGCUGUUUUGUCGGUGUUACGCCAAUUGAAACAACACUAAGAAUAUGGGAUUGUAUGUUUUAUGAAGAAUCUAAUUUCUUAUUCAAAGCUUCGCUUGGCAUAUUAAAAAUGAGUGAACAGACUUUGAAUAAGGGGAAAUUACAUUCUACUUCGUUGAACCAUCAUAAUCAGUUGAGGAGCCGCAAAGUAAGUCAAGAUGAGAGUGAUAUGGAAUUAUUUCAAGCAUUGCAAACAUUUCCCAAAAAAUUACUAAAUCCAAAUGAUUUAUUCGAAAAAAUCAUAUUCAAGAGAAGAAUAACGUUUAACAAUUUGGAUCAAGAAGAAAUAGAUCGAUGUAGAAAGUUCGUUAAGAAUCAAAGAAAUAAAUAUAAAAACUACAUCGAAGCAGUGGAUUCGUCGCAGUAUUCCAAUGGUAGAGCCUCAAAAUACGACGAUACUGGACACAACAAUGGCAAUAAUACCAAUACAUUCAAUACUAGUACACCCAUUAGUGACACUAUGAUACAGGAUGUCUUAUCAUCUGAAGGUUAUGGUUUUAAAAAAGGCAUAUCCGGUGUCAAUUGGAAUAACAGUAUAAAAGAGAGAGUAAGGCAGAUUAGAAAGAGAAAAGACAAGGAGUAA